AUGUUGAAGUGGAUAAAAGGUGGGAUUUCUGCAGUCACCGGUAUGGCUGAACCUGAAUACGGGAAAGAUUACAUUCAUAGUGUUGCUGAUAGGGUAAAAAAUAGGCAGCCUUACAGAGCAACCACUCGUGAAGAUUUCUUUUGGCAAGCUCCUGACCACACAAACGUUGAAACAGUUACUUUUUAUUUCAGUGACUUGAAAACUGGUAUUUUUGGUUUUGCUCAGAUUAUUCACUCGAACAUAAUUGGUUUGCAUACUGCAUCUCAAUUUACCUUCAGAAUUUUUGAUUCGAAGAACCCAGAUGAUUUGAAUAUCUGGACGUCUACCAAGUUGGAAAAUUUUUACAUCAAAGAUGCAAAUUUUUACGCUGAUAAUCUUUCUGUUGAAUUGAGUGAAGACGGUGAAAGCUAUCACAUUCAAUCCAGUGUUUGCGAUUUAUCUGUCAUUGACUUACAUAUUAGAAGAUUAACACCUGGAGCUAAGGUUGGCGAUGAUCCUGCCACUUAUUAUGGUAAUAACAUCGAUGAACCUUGGGGUAGCAUGAGACACGUUUUCUGGCCAAGAAAUGCUUGUCACGGUACUAUCAAAGUUAAGAAAGAAGUCAUUUCAGAAUCUGAUGAUCAAGAAAGCACAGCCGAUGAGGAUGAUAAUGAUGAUGAAGAAGAAUCUAGUGAUUCUGAAGAGGAGUCUGGCAGUGAGGAAGAAAGUGACAGUGAAGAGGAAAGUGACAGUGAGGACCUUGAGGUUGUCUAUGAAGACCGUACUAUUAUCUUUAAGGAAGAAGAUCCUGCAAUUUCUACCUUUAUAAUGGCUUUUCAAGGCAUGAAGCCUCAUCACGCAGCUAAGGCAUGGAACUUCAUGUUUUUUCAUUCAGAAAAGUACUCUGCGGUAUUGAUGGAAUUUACCACACCAAAAUCAUACGCCAACACUAAAAUUUCUGCUGGUAUAAUCACCGACGAUAAGGAAAUUUUAGCAGUGACAACUGACAACACUGUUGAACACUUAAAUGCAGAGAUUGAUUCUGUAGGUUGGAAAGUUCCAAAAGACAUCAAAGUCACCUUCAAAGGUAUCAAUACUAAAAUCAAGGAUGAACAAUUAGAGUCGGGGGACAGCGCUAACCAAGAUGAAAAAGCAGAGGAUGAGAAGGAGGAGGAAGAGGAAGAGGAAGAGGAAGAAGAAUAUAAAAACGUUGCGGAAGAGUAUAAGAUUAACGCUGUUGUGGAAGGCCCAUUGGAUAACUUAGUCGAAAGAAUUGAUGUGAUGGGCGAAAUUCCAAGCUUCGUUAAGAAUAUUGUCUCUGGUGUUGCCGGUACUAAGCCAUUCAUUUACCAGUAUGCUGACCCAAAGAACUCUACUUUACAAAUAAAUGGUGGUGAGAAAGUUCACGGUGUAUCUUGGACAGAAGUAACCUUCAUUUCUGAAUCGGAUGUAAUAAGUGAAGAAUCUUACAAUGAAGCAUGA